AUGCAUAACCAUCUCAGUGCCAGAACGGGUGCUGGCACGUCCUCCGCCCAUAAUAAUUCCUUGAACCAUUCGGAAAGAUGGUCGCUUUUGCUUCUGGCCGGGGCUUCUUUGGCAAUCAUUGCAAACACCUUCCAAGGUGACGGCGCGCCCUUGGUCGCUUCUUUGGCAUUUUCAACCUUGGCCUUCUCUAUGACCUACGCCUUUGUCCGGUGGUCCGGCCCUUCUUUUAUCAAAGCCGGCCUCAAGGGCAAGGACAUGAGCAAAUUGGUCGCGAAGGAAAUUCCUGAGUCCAUGGGCGCCGUGGCUGCUUCGGUGUACAUUCUGGCACUCAUGGCUUUCAUCCCUUUUGCAUUCUACAAGGAUAUUGUCGCAGCAACAUCGGGCGGUGGGAACCGAGAUGUCGUUAUUACCAUCAACGAGGUCGAGACCGGACGCUUUUUGCACCGCUUCCCCCACUCAAAACUAUCUUCGUACCAAUCUGCUCUAAACACCCUCCAAGCAAUGACUAUCUUGGGCAUGGCUGACGAUAUCCUGGAUCUCCGAUGGCGACACAAGUUCUUCAUUCCCGCCAUUGCAUCGUUGCCGCUUCUUAUUGUCUACUAUGUCGAUUUCGGGGUGACUUCGGUGGUGGUGCCCAACUUUCUGGUACCAUAUAUGCCCAACCAGGCUCGGCUCAUCAACUUGUCAUUCUUCUACUACCUGUACAUGUCAGCGCUAUCAAUCUUUGCGCCGAACUCGAUCAACAUCUUGGCAGGCAUCAAUGGAAUAGAGGUUGGCCAGUCUUUGGUUAUUGCAGGAUUGCUGAUCCUGAAUUCCUCGCUCUAUCUCGUGCCUUUCCCGGGGAACCCGGUCUUGAGCAAUGGCUAUGCAACGCGCCCUCACCCUGCAACCGACUCUCACUUGAUGACGUUGUACCUACUGCUACCGUUCUUGGCAGUCUCGAUCGCGCUGUACGUCCACAACCGAUAUCCCGCCCGAGUCUUUGUAGGAGACACCUACUGUUAUGUUGCCGGAAUGACUUUCGCCGUGGUUGCGAUUCUGGCACAUUUCAGCAAGACACUGCUGCUGCUUCUUAUUCCGCAGAUUGUCAACUUCGUUUACAGCACUCCGCAGCUUUUCAAGGUCAUUCCCUGCCCGAGACACCGGCUGCCCAAGUUCAAUGCCAGGACAGGGCUCCUCGAACCCAGUGUAACGACAUGGCCCGAGGAACGGCCUCCAAGCAAGUUUUUGACGACCAUUUUCUUCAUUCUGGAAAAGCUGCACUUGCUUCAAGUGACGGUGGAUCCGAAGACGAAUAAAAUUUCCACCACUUCCAACUUGACCAUCAUUAAUCUGUGGUUGGUCUGGCGAGGGCCCAUGAGGGAAGACAAAUUGACAAGGGAGCUGUUGAUUAUGCAAACUGUGUGUGGUCUGCUAGGAUUGUUUGCACGACAUACAAUGGCUCUGCUCAUCUUUAGCGUGGACAACCGGGGCAAAUAUGGCCAUGCGUUUCCAGUGUAA